CAAGGUUAAAAGAGGCAGUGACUCUUGCAUGUACAACCCUUUUUAAAAUGUGGCAUAUCCCAGAUGACAUUUGCCGUCUAGGCGCCUAUCCCUUGCCUUUGGCUCACAUAGGAGCAGGAUUAUAGCAAAAGUUGUCACGGCUGGUAAACAGAUGAUGUUACUGAAGCAUUUCUUAAAGUAAUCAUAUAAACUUAGACUACCGCUGGAGAAGGACCCCUAACAGCCAGGUGGACUGUAAAUGUAAAAAAGCCUCAAGCUGAUAAAUUAAGAAGUGAAGAGAAUCUGUCUGUUAAGCAAAAUAAGAAUAGGAUUUAAGACUCAGUGAUGAAAUUAAGAGAAGUUUUGGGAGAACAGCCUUCAAUCUUUCUGAACUACAGCAAUGAGAAACCUAACACAUUUGAGUGCCAUUCAGGAGGUUGGCACAAUGAGCCCAAUGUCACUUGGAGCAAUCAAGAUGGAUAUUCUUUACCCCCCUUGUUUAACAUAUUUUACAAAGACGACAGUGGAGGAUUUUCUGUCAAAAGUUAUCUCAGUCCAAAGCCGGAUUCCAGCAUUUACUCUUGUUUGGUUAGACCUGAUAUGUCAUCGCUUCAGGAUGUGAAGUCCUAUCUUUAUUUGCUCAAUUUGGAAAGAACAUCCAUAGAUUUCAGUAGCAAAGCUGAUGGAUGGACUGUGGCCUUUGGUGUACUUUUGGCAAUAACUCUUUUAGCAGCUGCAGCCUUCAUAGUGAAAUGGAAGAAAAUGAAUGAUUUGGAAAGAACAUACGAACCCAAAGCUGCUUCACAUCUUCAGAAGGAGAUUGAUAUGACCAGGCGCAUUACUAAGUCAGAAUGGAGACUGAUUCACAGCUGUGCAGCUGAUGUGAUCCUUGACCCAGAGACGGCACACUCCGGACUUCUGUUGUUUGACAAUGGAAAAAGAAUGAGACGAGGGAAACUGAAAGAUGUGCCUGAAAAUGUAGAGCGAUUUGACUUCUGGACAUGCGCCGUGGGUAAAGAGGGUUUCACAUCUGGGUCUCACUACUGGGUGGUGGACGUUACGGAAAACCGAUCCUGGCGCCUGGGUGCUGUGAAGGGCUCUGCAAAAAGACAAGGCAACUUUACAAUGGCUCCUCAGCUCGGCUACUGGGUGCUGGUGUGGAACAACGAUCAUCUGAAAGCUCUGUCCGUACAGGAGACUGGCCUCUCGAGGAGGCUGAAGCUCAGCAGUGUAGGGAUUUACUUGGACUAUGAAGGGAAAUUGCUGUCCUUCUACAAUGCUGAUGUCGGAACCCACUUGUACACAUUUUCUAACAUGGAGUUCACCGGUGGUGAGAAAGUGUUUCCUUUUUUUUUAACGCUAGAUAUGGAGAAGGAUCUUAUAUUGUGAGCACAGUAAAUGUUUCAGAGGUGUACCUUUUAAAUUUUAGUUGUAUUUAUGUACAGUCAUUUGAUUUUAGCUCUGAGCACAUCUUGAGAUUGAGUCACAUGAUGUGUAUUUAUACAUCAAUAAACGUAAAAUUAAACAUCUGAUUUUAAAACCA